GCUACUCAGGUGAGAGGUGCACCGCUGCUGACACUACUGCGGCAGGUGCUCGCUUGUUUGUUUGUUUGUUUGUUUGUUUGUUUGCGUGCUGUUUGGGUGUGGGUCCAGGGCCGCUGCUACAGGGGAAAUAUUGGGACAUCUUGGGACAGUGAACUCUCUCUCUCUGGGCGUCAGGGAGCCGGGGGUCCACGAGAAGAGCUGUGGCGGACGACGGUAAAGACCACUGGAUUAGCGAAACGACUGACCGCGUCAUGAAGUAGCGAUGGAUGUGACCACCCAGACUCAUGGGGACUUAAGACUCGGACACAGAGACAGCGCAGACAUGCAGGCAUGGACUAGACAUCAGCAUCUCUCCACAGGACGGCCGACGUGACCUUGAGUCCUGACCAGCGCUUCAGAGAACGCUCUCCGCCCUCCGUCUCCGCCAUGGUGACGUUCAACGAGGAGGGUCAGAAGAUGCCACCUCCGGCCUGCGUGACGGUGCCAAUGUCGCCGGGGCUGCAGCGCAAGCAGCUGUUGUGGCAGAACGCGGUCAAGCACGUCAUCAGCCAGCAGCACCUGAGCGAGGAGGUGGGGGUGGAGCCCGCGCGCAAGAUGUACGUCACCGACGAGUUCAUCGACGAGAUCAACCAGCAGAUCCGCCAGAAGGCCUCGCGCGGCGGCAUGUCCAAGCGGCGCAGCUCGGUGGCCCGCGUCCAGCCCUGCGCCCCCCACGAGCGGCAGUUCUCCACGGGCGCGCAGUCCUACUACGCCAGCGACGCCGACUUCUUCGUCCGCUGGGGCCACGCGUGCCGCGGGGUCUACCUGCCCCUGCUGCGCCACACCUUCAAGUCACGUGACCUGGAGCAGCUGUACCAGUGCCACUCCUCGCACCAGCGCCGCACCUCGCUGGUGGUGGCCAGCCUCAUCGACGCCGCCGCCAAGCUGCAGCUGCUGCUGCUGUACUUGGUGCUGGCUCCAGGGGGCGGCGACGAAUCCACGCGCGGCUGGCUGACCGGCGCGUUCAUGACGCUGGCGGCGGCGCUGUGCGUGGUCAUGCUUGCGUGCAAGGAGGCGGACUCCCCGCGAUGGCUACACUACGCCGGGCUGCUCUGCUGGCUCUCCCAGACCACACAGGUGCUGGGGGGCCUGGCGUACGGGCUGGAGGGGGACUCGUCCUGGUACGUGAUGUUCGUUCUGUUUGCCACCUACACCAUGCUGCCCCUGCCCCUCGUCUGGGCCAUCUGCGCUGGAACCCUCACCUCCGCCCUGCACCUGGCCUCCGAGGCUGCCCUGCACCACAACGACACACAGGCGCUCAGGAAGCUGCUGGCCAAAGGGUUGCUGUAUGUGUGCAUGAACACGGCCGGUCUGUUCAUCCACUACCUGACGGACCGAGCACAGAGGCAGGCCUUCCUGGAGACGCGCCGCUGCAUCGAGGGCCGCCUGAAGCUGGAGCAGGAGAACCAGAGACAGGAGCGUCUAGUGUUGUCUAUCCUGCCUCGCUUCGUUGCCUUGGACAUGAUGGCGGACAUGACAGCUUUGGAUGAUGAACUCAUUCCCCAACAAUUCCACAAAAUCUACAUCCACCAGUACAGCAACGUAAGCAUUCUUUUUGCGGACAUUAAGGGCUUUACGCAGCUCUCCAUGAUUAUGUCGGCUCAGGAGCUGGUGCGGACACUCAACGAGCUCUUUGGGCGUUUCGACCGUCUGGCUGAGGAACACCACUGCAUGCGGAUUAAGAUCCUGGGCGACUGCUAUUACUGCGUCUCUGGGGUGCCCGAGCCCCAACAGGCCCACGCUCGCUACUGUGUGGAGAUGGGCCUCGCCAUGAUCAGCACCAUACGGUCAGUGAAGCAGCAUCUGCAGCAGGACAUGGACAUGCGGAUCGGGAUCCACUCGGGCUCCGUGCUGUGUGGGGUGCUGGGCCUGCAGAAGUGGCAGUUUGACGUCUGGUCCUGGGACGUGGGCAUCGCCAACAUGCUGGAGGCAGGAGGCAUACCUGGGCGCAUCCACAUCUCGAGGGCCACGCUGGACUGUCUGGAGGGCAGCUACCAGACGGAGGAUGGGAGGGGCCAUGAGAGGAACGAGUUCCUGAAGAAGCACAACAUCGACACGUUCCUCAUCUGCCACAAGGACGAGGCGCCCGAGCGGGGACUGCCCAAGACCCGCAGCACGCUCCGUGACUGGGGAACCCAGGUUCCGUUUGGGAACAUCGUCGAUGUGAACUGCAUCCUGGCGUCCUUCACCAACGGCUCCCUGGCACACAUGCCCAGCGGGCAGCGCUCUGUCUCGCGGGAGAUCAACAAGCGCAUCGAGCACGCCAUCGAGGUCCGCAGCAGCGAGCUCAUGAGACAGAAGCACAUCACGCCCUUCACCAUGGUGUUCAAGGACACGCACCUGGAGGACAAGUUCUCGCUGAUGAGAGAUGAGAUGUUCAGCACUUACAUGGUCUGCUCCUUCAUCAUGCUUGUCCUCCUCAUGGCUGUGCAGGCCCUCAUUCCAGCACCCAGGUUGUUGCCCCUGGUGGUGCAGUUUGGUGUGUUCCUGCUGGCGCAUGUGCUGCUGCUGGUGGUGACUCUGGCUGAGGAGUUCAAACACGCCACUGCGCUACAGACGCUCUGCUGCUGGGUCCAUGAGAACAACAGCGUCCGCAACACCGUCAUAAUCACCGCCAUCGCGCUCAACUCCUGCAUGGUCACAAUGGACAUGGUAUGGUGUCACUUCCUGGGAGGGCCUAUGACCAAUAGGAGCAGUGAGCAGCAGUCACCUGACCACUCACUUGACCAGAAUCUGCUAAUUCUCUACUUGCUGGUCCCAGAGCUGGUGGUUCAUUCCUACUUCAUAGAGGUGGCCCUCCACACACUCUACCACGGAGAGGAUAGGUCUCGCUACAUGAGGAGGAAGGGUGUGUCCAUCCUCUUGCUGGCCAUGUUUGUGGUGGCGGUGUUCUACAACGGCCGACAGUGGGAGGCGACGGCGCGUCUGGACUUCCUGUGGCGUCUGCAGGCGCAGCAGGAAGUGGAAGACAUGCGGGAGUUGAGGGAGCACAACGAGUGUCUGCUGCACAACAUCCUGCCCACCCAUGAGUUGUAUUCCCAGUCAGCUGUGGCCCCAGGCUCAGAUGAUGAGGUGUGGGAUGGAUGUCUCGCCUUCCACGAGGCUUUAACGAUCACCACGGCGCAGAAAGAGGCGUGCCGGAUGAGGGGUGGAGUAACCAAGUGUCAACCAGGAUCAUCGCCGCUCGACGAGCUCCUGGAGGAAUCCUACUUUCUGGAUAUCGAAAAGAUCAAAACCAUCGGCAGCUGUUACAUGGCCGCAUCGGGCCUGUCUCCUGACAAGACGUGUUCAGGUGAAUGGCAUCAUCUCGGGGAGCUGGUGCUGUUUGCUCUGGCCAUGCAGGAGACUCUGAAGGAGAUCAACAGGAACUCACACAACAACUUCCAGCUCCGCGUCGGUAUCGCCCACGGUCCGGUGGUGGCCGGCGUGAUCGGCGCCACCAAGCCACAGUACGACAUCUGGGGCCUGACGGUGAACCUGGCAAGCCGCAUGGACAGCAGUGGCGUAAGCGGGCGCAUCCAGGUGCCCGAGGCCACGCGCAAGAUCCUCGCCAACUGGGGCUUCCUGCUGGAGCUCCGGGGCGAGAUCUUCAUCAAGGGCGUCAGCGAGCGCCAGGGACGCAUCCGCACCUACUUCAUCAGCACCAGCCGCCGCCAGCGGCCCGCCGACGAAGGGGCGGGGGGAGGAGGAGGAGGAGGGGCGUUGAAGGUCCAGCGCGAGGGCAGAGCGAACAGGAGCGGCCGGUCGACCUUGGCAGAGGUCGUGUUCGGACUAGUGCAGGCCAUCCAGAAGGAGAAGACCAGAGAAGUCAACGGAGGCUUCGGCCUGCCCACCAGCAGCCUGCAGUGCUGACCACGUGUGUGUGUGUGUGUGUGUGUGUGGUGUGUGUAUGAUCUUCAUGUUACACCCAUAUACUGUGGGUGUGGUUGCUAUGUGUGUGUCGGUAAGGCGUCAUCAUCCCUUUCCUACAUGUCUGCUUGGAUCGUUUCCACCGAGCGGUACUGUUCAGUUCGAUACAGUACGGUACCCAAUUAUUUGCGUUUCCAUGGUCAUAAUUUGUGAACGGUAUCAAAACAACCAGCCCGUACCGUUCCACUUUCCGCACCCUUCCGUUAGGGUGCCAUAUAGUGGGACGGUACGCUAUGGGUGGAGCUAGACCAGGCUGGAUCCACUGCAGUCGUUGAUUGGUCGACAGAAAAUAGCCAUAUGUUUGGGGCAAAGCCGAGUUUCACAGGUGGGGUAUGGAAGCAGUUUGUCUAUGUUUAUUCGAACGGGAGUUAUGUGACUGCAUGCUCUUGCACAAUCACUACAUACAUGUCCCAACAAAAUAUGGAUUUUUGUGCAAGUUACUUCAAAGAAGUACGGCAUAAUAGUUUUAAUGACCACCACGCAAGGGAUUUAAUUUGUAUUUUCGCUUAGCAUACAAAGCUAGCCUGCAUGCUAGCGGGAAUUCCAUUUUCUGCCUAUGGCUUAGCUAGCAUGCUAAGCUAACCAUAACAGAAACCUAAUAACGGUCAAAAAGUUCAGUGUGGAACAAUGGACACUACUCGCACUAAACAGGAGUAAUUUCCCGGGAAGUGUUUUAACAUAAGUGUUCCUUUUGGGACAUCGAAAACCAUCGAAAAGUGCGCACUGCAGAAAUAAGUACUCAGUGCACACUAGCCGUGUACUGACGGAAGUGUGUGGUUUGAGAGACAGCCUGUUUCCAGACUGAUUUUUACUAGCAGCUAACAUUAGCCUAACCAAAAUGGCAGAAGUGAACACAUAUUUGUAAUACUUAUGAAAGCUGUUGUGUUGUUAUAUUAACAAAAUAUGGCAUGGACGUAUGUAUUCAUUGACAUUAACAAGUUUACUUGUCACAAAAUGAUUUAGUGAACCUAUUUUAAUCCUCGUUUGGCCAGCUGAAGCAAAUCACUAGCAGCAAGCUAACACUGAAACCACUGAACUGCCCAAGGUAGCCUAAGCAACGCAACUCACACUACACCCAGCCUACCACGUAAGGUUACCGUUACCAGUAGAAACGCAAGCCAGAUCAGAGUACCAAACUGAAACGUACUGCUCGGUGGAAAUUAGCCAAUAAAGAACUGCACCUUUGAAUGGCCUUUAACACAAUGCCACAAUACCUCAACGUGUCCUCAAUAUGUCCAACAUGUACAUGGGCAAUGCCAUACCUGGUCACCUGGUCAAAACGUCCCAGCCACAUCUCACCUGGUCAGAACUUACCAGCCACAUCUCACCUGGUCAAAACAUACCAGCCACAUCUCACCUGGUCAGAGUGUACCAGUCAUAUCUCACCUGGUCAAAACGUACCAGCCACAUCUCACCUGGUCAGAGUGUACCAGUCAUAUCUCACCUGGUCAGAAUGUACCAGUCAUAUCUCACCUGGUCAGAACGAACCAGCUACAUCUCACCUGGUCAGAAUGUAGCAGUCACAUUUCACCUGGUCUGAAUGUAGCAGUCACAUUUCACCUGGUCAGAAUAUACCAGUCAUAUCUCACCGGUCAGAAUAUACCAGUCAUAUCUCACCUGGUCAGAAUAUACCAGUCAUAUCUCACCUGUUCAGAAUGUACGGGUCAUAUCUCAUCUGGACCAUCCACAUCUCACCUGGUCAGGACGUACCACAGGGGGCAUGACAGUAGAUGGGGGGAGUCUACUGCCCUCUCUUCCACUCACCAGAGACUGUGGGAGUGUCACCAGGACUAUUCCUCCUACCCCUCCUCCUCCUCCCCUCCUGUGUCCCCCCUCCUCCCCCUCUCCUCCCCUCCUGUGUCCUCCUCCUCUUCCUCCUCCUCCUCCUCUCCUCCUGUGUCCCCUCCUCCUUCUACUCCUCCUGUGUGUCCUCCUCCUCAGACAUGAUGCCAUACGUGUUUACAGUUUGUACAGCUCCUCUCUGCUUAUAGAUAGGGCUUAACAUGCCACAAGUCAAAGCCAAAGGACAUUCUCUCUCUCUCUGUCUCUCUCUCGCGCUGUCUCUCACACUCUCUCUCUCUCUCUCACUCUCACUCUCUCUCACUCACACACACACACACACACACAAUCCAGACUUUACAAACUAUA